GCGGCCGGAGCGGGGCCGGGCGGGAGCGGGCGGCGCUGAGCGGGAGGAUGGCGGCGGCGAGCGGCUGCCGGAGAAAUGGAGGAACAGAACGCUGGACCUGGGAUUGAAGAUUUAUAAAGGAUUAUGGGAUUAUACAUUGAAGAGCCAGCAGGCGGAAUGCCUGAGUGACUGAAGAAAAUGGGUGCUAAUGCAUCUAACUACCCUCACUCGUGUUCCCCAAGGGUAGGGGGAAAUUCACAGGCACAACAGACAUUCAUAGGGACAUCAUCCUACUCUCAUCAAGGUUUUGGCUGCGAAUCAAAGCUGUAUAGCCUUGACCAUGGCCAUGAAAAACCUCAAGACAAGAAAAAGAAAACCUCUGGCCUUGCCACCCUCAAAAAGAAGUUCAUUAAGCGUCGGAAAUCGAGCCGAUCUGCUGACCAUGCCAAGCAGAUGCGUGAGCUCCUCUCAGGCUGGGAUGUCAGAGACGUUAAUGCAUUAGUAGAAGAAUACGAAGGAACAUCAGCCUUAAAGGAACUUUAUCUACAAGCUAAUUUGGCAAGACCAGAAGCCAGGACGCUACAAAAAGACAUGGCUGAACUUUAUCAAUACAAAUAUUGUACUGAUGUAGACUUAAUAUUUCAAGAAACUUGUUUUCCUGUGCAUCGUGCGAUAUUGGCAGCAAGAUGUCCAUUUUUUAAGACGCUGCUUUCUUCCUCACCAGAGUAUGGGGCAGAAAUAAUAAUGGAUAUUAACACAGCUGGCAUAGAUAUGCCUAUGUUUUCUGCUUUGUUACACUACCUUUAUACGGGCGAGUUUGGAAUGGAGGAUUCGAGAUUCCAAAAUGUUGAUAUUCUUGUGCAGCUUAGUGAAGAAUUUGGAACACCAAAUUCCUUGGAUGUUGACAUGCGCGCACUGUUUGAUUAUAUGUGCUACUACGAUGUGGUUCUUAGCUUUUCAUCCAACUCUGACUUGGUUGAAACUUUUGGUGGAAGUCAGAACUGUCUAGAUGAAGAGCUCAGGGCUCACAAAGCUAUUAUUUCAUCACGAUCGCCCUUUUUCCGUCACUUGCUGCAGAGAAGGAUACGAACUGGUGAAGAAAUCACAGACCGAACUCUGCGGACUCCAACUAGAAUUAUAUUGGAUGAAUCUAUCAUACCAAAAAAAUAUGCUAAAGUCAUUUUGAACUGUAUGUAUACAGAUGUGGUAGACCUCUCUGUUUUGCACUCCAGUCCUUCGGUGGGCAGUUUAAGUGAAGUUCAAGCUCUUGUAGCAGGAAAACUAAACAUGACUAGGGCUGAAGAAGCCAUGGAGCUUUAUCACAUAGCACUGUUCUUGGAGUUUAACAUGCUUGCACAAGGCUGUGAAGAUAUUAUUGCUGAGAGCAUCUCCCUGGACACCUUGAUUGCCAUUCUGAAGUGGAGCUCUCAGCCAUACGGUUCCAAGUGGGUGCAUCGCCAAGCCCUGCAUUUCCUCUGUGAGGAGUUUACCCAGGUCAUGACUUCAGAGGUCUUCUAUGAACUCAGCAAGGACCACCUGCUCACAGCUAUUCAGUCUGACUAUUUACAGGCAAGUGAACAAGAUAUUCUUAAAUAUCUGAUUAAAUGGGGAGAGCACCAGUUGAUGAAGAGGAUAGCAGAUCGAGAGCCUAAUUUACUUAGUGGUACUGCUCACAGUGUGAAUAAAAGAGGUGUGAAGAGGAGAGAUCUUGACAUUGAAGAGCUGAGGGAGAUCCUGUCUCCACUUUUACCUUUUGUCCGCAUUGAGCACAUCUUACCCAUGAAUAGUGAAGUACUGAGUGAUGCAAUGAAGAGAGGCCUGAUUAGUACUCCUCCUUCAGACAUGCUACCAACAUCAGAAGGUGGAAAGUCAAAUGCCUGGCUGCGGCAAAAAAAUGCUGGAAUAUAUGUGCGGCCAAGACUGUUCUCACCAUAUGUGGAGGAGGCUAAGUUUAACAAGACUUACAAGAUUGAUCAUCAGGCUCAAGUCUCUAGAACUGGUCAGAAAAAUUUCAACAAAAUUUUUUUUGUCGAAAUUGAAAUGUUUGCGAGACAGAUCUUGAUGAAAUUCCACCGGAAACAAAGCAACGUUCUGAGGGAAACCUCCCUGGUUUCCAGCCAGUUUGCCGGCCCAGCUCCUCGGCAGCCCUCCUGGCAGGCGGAUGGCAAGUCGGUGCUGGAUGAGAUGAUGGUGGAGCAAACCGACCUGGUCCGCCUGCGGAUGGUGCGGAUGUCCAACGUGCCCGACACGCUGUACAUGGUGAACAACGCGGUGCCGCAGUGCUGCCACGUGAUCACCCACCAGCAAGUCAGCACCAACCAGACCAGUCCUCCCUCAGUUAUAGCCAACGAGAUCCCAGUUCCCAAUCUCCUGGUUGUGAAAGAGAUGAUCAGGCGGCUGCAGGAGCUGCGCCACACCGAGCAGGUGCAGAGAGCCUACGCUCUGAACUGUGGGGAAGGCGCCACCGUCAGUUACGAGAUCCAGAUCCGAGUGCUGCGGGAAUUCGGGCUUUCUGAUGCUGCUGCCGAGCUCCUGCAGAAUCCUCACAAAUUCUUUCCUGAUGAGCGAUUUGGGGAUGAAAGCCCACUGCUGACAGUGAGACAGUCUGGACGAUGUCGCGUCAACAGCACUCCCACUGCAGAAACCAUGUUUACAGAACUGGACUCUUUCGUGGCCUUCCAUCCACCACUGCCCCCUCCUCCACCUCCAUACCACCCACCAGCAACUCCUAUUCACAACCAGUUCAAAGUGGGCUGGAAACAAAGGGUGCCAAGUCAACAUCCCUCCCGUUCCUUUUCUUACCCGUGUAACCACUCGCUGUUCCACUCGCGGACCGCCCCCAAAGCUGCCCCUCCUGUUUACCUGCCCGGCGCCAAGGCAGCGCCUCCCGACUGCACCAACACCGCGGCUCUGGGGCGCCAGACGGUGGCAGCAGCAGCAGCAGUGAUGGCAGCUGAGAAACAAGUAUGUACUCAGCCCCUGCUAAAUGAACUGAUGCCAGACAUUGCAAUGGGUGUGUCAGCAAUGUCUUUGAAAGACAGAAGAUUACCAGAGCUCACGGUGGACACGGAGCUAAGCCAGGCGGUUACAGAGGUAGGGCCCGGCCCACCCCAGCACAUUUCAUGCAUUCAGAACAGACACAUGCCUACUUCUCGGAAAAAACAUGCAAUAGAGCAAAAAAUAGAUUCUCGAGAAAACCCGCAGGAAUAUCCUGACUUCUAUGACUUCUCUAAUGCUGCAUGCAGACCCUCUACUCCAGCACCCAACAGGCACAGUCCUUCACCUUCACAAGGCAUUUAUUUUGGCCCAGAUUUGUACAGCCACAAUAAGGCAUCACCAAGUGGCUUAAAGUCAGCCUAUCUACCUUCCCAGAUAUCUCCUAAAAAGCAAGAAGAUUCUAGGAGGGAGUACCUGCUCUCACAAGAUGGGCAUCAACACAGGCAAAAGAAUGAGCCAAUACACCUCGAUGUCUUAGAACAGCCUCCCCAGCGACUGGACUUGGCACUGGCUACCCAGGAAAAUGCUGGGAAUGGCCCUGUUCAUGUCAGGGGAAGAACAAAAAUGGAAACGGAUUUAACCUAUGGGCUGACCUCCAACAGACCUUCACUCUCUGCAUACAACUCUGAGGCGCCAGAAGAGAGACCCAGUAGGAGACUGGCAGAUGAUGAGCCAUUGGAACAUGGAGCACAGAGAAAUGCAGAUUUGGAAAGGGAAGAUGGAGUAAGCAGAGGAAGGAGGUCUCCAAACAAACCAGACUUCCUGUACAAAAAAUCUGCCCUAUGAAAGCAACCUCCACUAUUUCUCUGUGCCUAAGAGUUGUAAACAUCCCAUUCCUUGCAACUUUUGGCCUGACUUCUGUCAGAGAAAUUCUUUCAUGCCAGCAGAAAAAUUCAGCUUUGCUCACUUGUUUUGUACAUACAUUGCUUUAUUAGAGACAGCAUGUUAUCAGUUUGGUUUUGAUGCUGCUUCUGGGUUUAUUUUGUCGCAAUUUUUUUUUGUGGAGCAGAUUUAAUUAAGCCUUUUAAAAAAACAGAAACUGGUACCUUUUUUCUACAACCUGGUAGCCUUUUGCACCUGUACAUCUAUUUUAGUGUAUUAGUUUUGUACUAAUAUGUUAAACUUUAAUGUCACAUUUAAAGGACUGUAUUUUCAUACUUUUACAUUUACCCUUUCACAUGCUGAUUCUCUAUGUGCAUUGGUUUGCACAUUAUGAAAUGUAUUUUCUUAUGAGAUAAUAACAGUGAGUUUAUUUUUUAAUUAUAGGAAUUCCAAAGAACAGCACAUCAAAAAACCUACAUUUUGAGUUGGAUUUUUUUGUUUGUUUGUUUAGAUUGAAAUCUUCCUGAUUUUUACGACUAUGGCAAGAAUCCAAUCUAAUAUUUUGUUUGAAAAGUUCUGGCAGCUGGUCUUAUCUUUGUAUGCAUAGCAAACCUACUUCAAAAAUUAUAUUUGAGGUUUUAAAAAUCAAGAGGGAUAUUUAGGAAUCCAAAUUCCUGUGAAAUUCACUGGAAUAUGACAGUAAGAGUCUGUUUACUUUUGUUUUGGCUAUGACCAUGGACGACUCCAUGACCACCUGGAAGCAGGAAGCACUUACUAGACAGACUAGAAUUGUUGAUUUGCCCAUUUAGAAAUAAAUCUAGAAAUACUGUAAAAAUUACAGUAAUUGCUUGUUCUUCCAGCUGCUCAUCCGUGGGUAGGCGAAGACCAGAUGAGCGGAUUCCUGCUAACUCGUGCAGUGUCAGGAAGACGAGGCACGGAACCUUCGCAGUUGCCUGAACACGUGGGAGGGUUUCCCUCCCCGGCGGUGCUGGGGUGACAGCCCAUGGCCUUGCUUUCUCCUGCCUGUGCUUACAAAAGGGCUUCACUCUCAGUGACAGCGUUCCUUACCUGGCCUCACGUGGCGCUGGCCCCCCAGGUGCAGCUGUUCUGUGAGCAGAAUCCAAGUGAAGAAUCACUGCUUCAGCAUCACAACACGUGUGAAGCUCUGUCGCUCUUAAAUUCCACCUCCAUUGCCUGAUUUGCUUUUAAUAAGCACAGAAAUGAGAUUCCCCUGUUAACAGGAUGUGAGGAGGGAAAGAUGCUGCUCUGGGCUGGCUCCUGCCACUGGGGCAGGGUUCAGCAGAGCACAAGGGGAAGGGUUACAGUUAUGAAGUACAUCCUUAAUACGGUGCAGUUCUAACAACAAAUUCAUUGCAUUCAGGAUAGGGAUCUGAUGCCACUGUAGAGUAGCGAUUGCUGGUAAGGUCCUGUUUGGUGGGGGUUUAAAUGCAGUUUCUGUAAUGAGUUUCCCUAUAGCAGAAAACUAUAGUCCCAGGUGUGACCUAAGGACUGCUUUAAGAUUAGGUUGAAUUGUUUUCUACAGCUCAAAGUGCUGAAUACUGUUUAACAGAAAUUUUACUGCAACUUUACUUUUGGUUUUAGUUGAUGGCAAAUUCUUACCUAAUGUGUUUCAUUAAAGUAUGGAGGGCCUGGUAACAACACAGUGUUGCUGAAAUAUAUUGAAUACUGCAUAUACUGCAUUUCCAAACUACCAGAUAGCUUCUAGAUGAAUUAAGAUAUUGGUCUUUGAACCAGUAAACUCUGUGUCUCCUGCAGACACAUCUAUAGACCUGCUUCUUUGAUGGUUCUGCAGGUGCUCCUUUUGAGAUGCAGCCAUGGAAAGCAUGGUGUAGGGCUGGAGCAGAAACUUGCCUAAACUCUGCAGGUGAUGUGUCUUGUGGGUGAGGGGAGAUUUUUUUAUUUUUCCUCUGUCAGCUUUUUUUUAAUCUUGUUUUUUGCCCACAGUCAAGGCUCUGGGUGGUCCUGGCUUCAUCGCCCAUCUGUGGGAUUUCCAUGGGACUGGUGUAGAACACUGUUAAGUGCAAGAAGGUGUCAGUGGGGGGAUGGUGCUGCUGCAGGUUAAGGGGCUGAGGCUCGUUGGGUUUCUCCUGAAGAUUUGAGCAUGGUCCUGUCUGACUGUGUAGCUCUUAACUGCACACGAAGGUCUCGUCCUCACCAGCAUGAGACCAGCUCAGUAGAACCAGUAACUUUCAGCACACACAAGAACCCUGAAAGUCCCUGGACUUGCAUCAUGUACGUGUUGGCAGCUAACUACUAAAAAAUCACAGCUGCCCUCAGAAAACUUAUUAUUCUCAAUAUUUUUGCCUAAAACUGAUAGAUGUACUUCAGGAAAACUAUUUUGAUUAUCAUAGUUUGAUGUGGCACUGUGUACUUGGGCAGAGGUGGGACUGAGAUCUAUAGAUAGAAUUUUAAAGCUUGAAAUAUAGUGGGGGGUGUGGUUGAUGAAGAUGAGAAGUUUUGAAGUUAUGGUUUGAGGGAAAUCAUGAAAUGCUUUGGCUUUGGAAUAAGCUGGUGAGAAAUGCCUCUGGGGAGGACAUGUCUGUGUUUUAGAAUACAAAAUUGUUUCUGAAGUCUCAGGAGCUGUGCAGUAUUAAAAAAAAAAAAGUAUGAAUAACAUGUUUAAAAGUAGAUGCAGAAUGAAAGACAAGUCCUUCUGAGGCCACAAAGACAAUCAGGCCAUGUAGACAAUCUGUGUUUUCACUUACAUAUUUUGAUUUGGGAAGAAGAUCGCAGCUAAUGGCAGCUGAUUUGAAGUGGAAAAGAAGGAUUUCUUGAAUUACUGGAACUUUAUUUUUGUAGUCCAGAGCAGGAUUUCCUACUUGGGAUGUGCAGAGGGGUGAGACCAUUUUUCAUGGCAGCAUUAUUCAGAAGCCAGUGUUCAUCCUACAUCUCACUUGCACACCACAUGUACCUGUGCUACCUGCUACUCCUUGUUCUCUGUCUACUGAAACUUUGGUGCAGAAGCUCCUUGUUUACAUGAAGCACUUUCUGAUUAGGCUGGAAAUUGACACCUUUUCCUUCUAUAAAUUAGAUGGAAAUGACAGAUUAUUGACUAUUUUGCUUGAGGAUAGAGAUAUAAAAGUUGUUUUUUUGAAUGAGGGAGACUCAUGCUCCUUGUUCUAUUAAAGAGAGAGCUCAGACUUGCAUUUAGUGAGCAACAUGCAAAAAGGUCUUAUUCCCCUUUCCCCAAACCCAAUUCCUCUUUUCCUUAAUAUAUGGAUGAAUAACUUAAUUCCUAAAACACAUUAUUCCUUUGAAAUGUUUUGUUGUUCCACAGAAUUAUUGUAGUUGUGUAUUAGUAACUGCUGUGUUGAUUGGCAGUUUCAUGUUGUAUUUUCCUGUUAUUAAGGAUUUUCACUUACAAAAAUUAAGGCUGUGGCCACCUGUACUUGUAAGCCUUGGGUUUUGGUCCCAGAAUGUCCCAAAUGUACGUCUUUAGGGGUUUCUUUGGUUUGGGUUUGGGAAGGUGGGGGGGCAAGGGGGUUUGGGUGUUUUGUAUGGGUUGUUUGGUUGUUUUGUUUUUCUGGGGUUUUUGUUUUUUGAAAGAACACUAAUGCUGUUUGAGGCACUGUUCCUCUAAUAAUUCUAUGCUUCUAUGGUAGAGGUGGUGCUGAGCCCUGCUGGAUGCAGGGAACAGCUUAGAGGGAAACUUGUAAAACCGCAUUUGGGGUUUCUGUAAUUACCUGUACUGCCAGAAGGCAGCCCUGCCCUCGGCAGUGUUAAGAAUUUGUUUCUUGUCCUUGUGUUGUUACUGGUAUAAAGUCAAGUGCCUUCAAUGCUAAAGGCUCAGAAAACUUUCUUAAACUGACUUCAUGUCCUAUGCAAGUGUUUUUUCUACAACCUGCAUAACCAGUACUUUGUAAAACUUGUUUACGCUUCAAUUGUACAUAGUGUUUUUUAAAAAAAAUAGUAUUUUUAUUUAGGUACCUCCAAACUUGAAUUCUAGUCUUGUGUGAUGCAUUGUAAAACAAUACAUUUCUCUUUUGAGUACCAUUACAGUUGUAAAAAGGUUUUCACUGGUUCUAUUUUUCUACUGUUGCUGAGAAGCAUGUAACACUGACUUUAUCCUACGUAUAGUUGGCAUUUCAAAUAAAUGGCUUGUAUAGAA